AUGGCGCCCGGUGUCUUCGCGGUAGUAAUGCUCGUGGCCUUAGUCGGAGCGCAUCUCGCGCCGAGCGCAGCGGCGGAGGCAGCUGCUGCGCCGUGCAUCGCGUCGGCGGUCGCGGGUUACAACGUCGCAGUGUCUCUCGGCGACAGUCUCAUUCUGCACUGGAUGACACCCAACUCAACCACACUCAACCUCCUCCUAGAGACCAUCGUGCCAGGCUGGGCGGCAGUGGGGUGGUCAGCGGACGGCAAAAUGGUCGGCAGUGACGCGGUGGUGGGCAACACGGGUGACCCACCCACUGUGAAACCGUACAAGCUCACUUCCACUUCACCCGGCGGUCAGAACCCCGUUACUUCUUUCGAGCUUGGCGAAACGUCUGUGACCACGGAUGGCGAUUCAACUUAUAUUAAAUUCUCACGCACCGAGGGCACAGGGGACGUGCCUGUGAAGCUGUCCGGCCCCUCGGCAAUCAUCUAUGCCUCCUCGCCAGACAUCUCCACGACUUUAGCCUACCACGGCCCUUCAAGGGGAUCGGCAGUUGUAGAUUUCUCAUGCAAGGUGAAAGCACCAGCACCAGCACCAGCAGCACCUGCCACACCACUUGCCACACCACCUGCCACACCACCGGCACCACCCUCAGGCUCUUCACCUCCCACUGGCAGCACCAGUUCCCCACCACCCCCUUCUCCCACGCCAGCACAGCCAACACCCAGCCCUUCACCACCCCCUUCAUCCAUGCCAGCACAGCCAACACCCACCGCUCCUCCUCCACCACCGCCCAAGGCAGGGGGCCUGGCUGUUGAUCGUGCUCAUUGGCUGCUACCUGUGGCUCUGAUUGCUGGGCUCAUUCCUUAUCUAGUGGGCAUGGCUUGA